AAGAGGAAGUAACUAAAGCAGACAGAUGUAGAGACAGAGAGAUUCACACAGAGAUCAUUCAGCAUAAAGAAGACUGAACUCAACUCACAAUGAAGAUCCUCCUCAUCUUCCUCACUUUCUACCUGAUCUCAGGUGAGAGCUUUUCUCUUUCAUCACUGCACGUCACGGGAUAUUCUGGAGCAAGUCUUCUGGUUGAUUCUGGGAAACUUUGGUUCCGUGCAAAUGUUAAAUGCAUGAAUAAAUUACCCGAGUGGACAAACAUAAUGAAUAAUACGAAGCAUGACAAAUGGAUCAGUGUUGGAAAAUUCACAUUGUUUCAAAAUAAUGAGGGAAACCUCACGAUCUACAUCAGAGAUUUGAAGGAGCAUGAUGCUGGAGGAUACUGGAUUGGUGUUCUUUACAAGUGGGGUAUAGAUAUGACUUUACAUGUGGAAGAAGAUUUGUAUUGUAAAGUGUCAAAGAGAGUGAUGGUGAAUACUGGAGAAACUGCCAAUUUCAGCUGUGAAUAUUCACAGAAUCAUAUUAAUAAAGUAAAGAUCAUAUUCAAAGAAGAAAAAGACUCCAUUGAGACGAUUUACAGCAGAUGGAAGAAGAAAGAAAGAUUCAGUAUUUCUGAUGACAAACAUAAACACAUCUUCAGUGUGAGAAUCACUGCUGUGACACCAGAUGAUGGAGGAGUUUAUUUAUGUGGAGUUUGGAUCAACAGAGACUCGUACAGUUACUCCAUUAUUAACACUGUUCAUCUACAUAUUAUGAAUUUCUCCAUGAUCAUCAUUAUUAGUGUGUGUGUGAUUCUGCUGCUGAUCGGUGGAUUCACUUUGACUGUGUGCAAAUUAAGACACAAGAGACGAGAUCCCGGAUCAGUCCAAAGUCAUGAUGAAUUACCCACAAUCCCCUCUGAUGGGCUCCUGUACGCUGCUGUCAGUUUCCAGAGGCAUGAAGAGUCUCUCAGUGACGCUACAGUCAGACUCAGUAAUGAGGAGAUUCACUCUGAUUACACCACAGUCAUUUACCACACGAGACUCAACUAACUUAGAUCAAA